AAAUCUGUUAUCUACUAUUGUCAUAAUGGUUUUGGUUUAUUUUCUAGAAUUUUAGGAUUUCGUCGAGCGCCGCCUGUAGUUGGAAGAAUUCUGAAUAUUACUUCAGAAAUUUAUGAGUUAGCGGAAACAGACCUUCUUAAAACGUUUUUUAUUUCACCAGCUAACAACGUAUGUUUUCACGGUAAGUGUGAAUACUACUGUGACACGGGCCACGCCAUCUGUGGACACCCAGACACACUCGAGGGUAGCUUUGCUGUACAUCUUCCGCCAAAAAGACUCGCUCCCAGGAAGGCUUGGCGCCACCCGUGGAGAAGGUCGUACCACAAGCGACGAAAGGCAGAGUGGGAACAAAGUGACGACUAUUGUAAUGUCGUCAGGAAAAAAGCAGUGUACAAUGACGGUAGACGACUAGCGGAUAUUAUGGACAUGGCUGUUCUAGAUUUCCUAAUAGGAAACAUGGACAGGCAUCAUUAUGAAACUUUUAAAAUAUUUGGAAAUGACAGUUUUCCUUUACACCUGGAUCAUGGAAGAGGGUAAAUAAAUAUUUUACGGUAACUUAUUGGACUUGAAUGUGUUAUAAUCACAGAGAUCUCUGUCACCUACUUCAUAAUAGACAGAACAUGUUCGUCCCUGUUUCAUUAGUCAUCUCGUGACUGUAUGUUGGUCCUUGUUUCAUAAGUCAUCUCGUGACUGUAUGUUGGUCCUUGUUUCAUAAUAGCCAUCUCGUGACUGUAUGUUUGUCCCUGUUUCAUAAGUCAUCUCGUGACUGUAUGUUGGUCCUUGUUUCAUAAUAGCCAUCUCCUGACUGUAUGUUUGUCUCUGUUUCAUAAGUCAUCUCGUGACUGUAUGUUGGUCCCUGUUUCAUAAGUCAUCUCCUGACUGUAUGUUUGUCCCUGUUUCAUAAGAGUCAUCUCCUGACUGUGUGUUUGUCCCUGUUUCAUAAGAGUCAUCUCCUGACUGUAUGUUUGUCCCUGUUUCAUAAGAGUC